AUGCUACGCAAACUCUUCGCCAUGCGAGCGCCAAAGAUCUUCAUCACAGUGGUGCUGCUGCUGUCGUGGAUGGAGCCUGACCUACUCUCCAACAAGUUCCAAGUGCUGGACUUCUUUGCAGGGAAGGGUCGCAUAGCUAGGGGGGCCAGGUAUGUCGGGAUGCCGGCAGCUGCCGUUGAUGUUGAGUACGCAGACAACGCACGAGUAAUGGACAUCAACAGCGACCCGGGCUAUGCGCUACUGUCCUGCAUUUGGUGUGUGCAGAAGCCAGACAAGCAUGGCGUGAUUCGGUUUCAUGGGACUGCAGAGCUCAAGGGGACCCAGGUGUAUCCUGUUGCGUAUGCUCGGCGCGUCUUGGACAUCGUUGAGAUCUGCCACGUCGAAGCCAGGCAGGUUGACCACAGCUCCUCACUUCUCGACAUGUACAUCUCCUAUCCGUGGGGCGACCUAUGGGCUGAUGCUGAUGUGACCUCCGUGUUCAAUUACUUGAGA